AUGGAAUUGGAGAGGAGUACGGUACUUUCGAGUGUGGCGGAACAUGUUGAGGAGGGAGAGAUGAUGGGAAUGGAGGAGGAGGUCAAGAGGUAUAGGAUUCAUGUUAGUUCGAAAUAUCUCGAUUUGACGAGGAAGAAAUUGGAGUUAACGCGGUUACCGCACGAAAGACCUGGGGAGUCGGGUGAGAGUGGUAAGAGUGAAGAAGGCGGGGAAGAGGAAUUGAAUGAGGACGGCGGGGUAACCAAGAGAGAGAUUGAGGAAUUAGUUGAUUAUUGUUUUCCGAGUAGUAAUUUGAGCUUGGAUUUAGGUGUGAUAGUUAGGGAAUUGUGUGAACCGGAGGUUUUGGGAGAGGAUGCACAAGGACACGAACACGAACAUGGACAUAAGCAAGCUUUUGAUCUUGUGAUACCAUCUAUUCCGGGCACGGGUUUUAGUGAUGAGAUACCUGGAUCUAAAAGUGAUGUAAUAAAAGAGACGGCGAACUUAUUUGGGCAAUUGAUGAAGAGGGUGGGAUAUGAAAAUUAUAUUGCUUCAAUGAUGGGUUCUGGGAGGGAGAGGGGUGGAGAAGUGGAUUAUUAUUUAGGGAGGGAAAUUGGGGAUUUGGAGGGCUGUAGAGGUGUGCAUUUGAUUGAGCCAAGGUGGGGUGUUCCAACUGUCAAAGAAGGGGUUUGGGAUUGGAUUAGAUGGAAGGUAGCGUUGUUUUUUCACGCGGGUGUCUGGGGAUACGAGAAAAGGGAUUGGAAGAAUUUGAGUUUGCAGGUGAGAAGGGGGGAACACAAAGUUCCGGGGAGAGUAUCCUUGCUGGGUGGAAAAAAGAAGAUGAGAUAUGGAGCUGUUGCUAGCAUUGGCUUGAAAGAACCGGAUAUUUUGGCUUACGCGCUUUGUGACUCUCCUGUUGGGUUGUUGAGUUUUGUUGCGACGUCAUUGAGGAAGAAGAGUCCGAAACAUCAUUUGAGCAAGGAGAAAAUUAUUGAUCUUUGUCAAUUAUGUUGGUUACCUGGACCCGAAGCUGCUUUGCGAUAUUAUGCAAAUGCCAUACGGGAAAGUGAGCAAUUGGAAGGCGACAUGGUUAACACGAAGCGGAAGAGAGUUGCGAUAACGGUUUUUGAUGGAGAGGAAGGCUCUGUUGGGUAUAGUCCUCCUGCUUGGGGAAUGGGUAGAUACGAAGUUGUCUUUGUCCAACGGGCCAGUGGAAAACCUGGACUUUUGGAGUGGGAAAGAUCGGAUGUUAUUUUCGAAGGUAUUCGUGGUUUGGCAAAGGAAGUGCUUAGAUUGGAUGAUAAGAUUCAGCUGCGAAGAUUGGAAAGAGUAUUUGUUGAUGGGGAGCUGGAGCAUGAUGAGUAUAGGGAUGAUAAUGAUCAUGGUAUGCAGCUAGAUGUUGAAAGUCCGGAUACGAUUGUUGCUGGUUGA